AUGGACAGUGAGAGAAUUGACAGCUACCAAGAUCACCAUUUACAUAGACAAAGUUUGACAGGUGGAAAGAAUGGAGGUGUUCACUGUACAGAUGUAACCAAUGCCAGUAGAACAAUGUUGUUCAACAUUCAUUCCUUGGAAUGGGAUCCUGAGCUCUGCCAGUUCUUUGAUAUUCCUAUGGAAAUACUCCCAAAAGUACGAAGCUCCUCUGAGAUUUAUGGCCUGAUGAAAAUCUGUCCUACCCUGAAAUCUGGAGCUUUGACAGGUGUACCAAUUUCUGGGUGCUUGGGUGACCAAUCUGCUGCUCUUGUUGGGCAAAUGUGUUUUCAAGAUGGGCAGGCAAAAAAUACGUAUGGAACAGGAUGUUUCUUGCUGUGCAAUACAGGUCAGAAGUCUGUGUUUUCUGAGCAUGGUCUUCUAACCACAAUAGCUUACAAACUGGGCAGAGACAAACCUGUUUGUUAUGCACUAGAGGGAUCUGUUGCAAUAGCUGGUGCUGUUGUUCGUUGGCUGAGGGACAAUCUAGGUAUUGUUAAGACUUCACAGGAAGUUGAAAAACUGGCCUCGGAAGUGGGGACUUCUUAUGGCUGCUACUUUGUGCCAGCAUUUUCAGGACUGUAUGCACCAUACUGGGAACCCAGUGCAAGGGGCAUUAUCUGUGGCCUUACUCAGUUUACAAAUAAAAACCACAUCGCCUUUGCUGCACUAGAAGCAGUCUGCUUUCAAACACGAGAGAUUUUAGAUGCCAUGAACAAGGACUGUGGGAUACCACUAAAUCAGUUACAAGUAGAUGGAGGAAUGACCAAUAACAAAGUCCUCAUGCAACUCCAAUCAGACAUUCUCUGUAUUCCAGUAGUAAAGCCAUCAAUGCCUGAAACAACAGCGCUAGGAGCUGCUAUGGCAGCAGGAGCUGCAGAAGGAGUUGGAAUUUGGAGCCUGAAUCCUGGAGAUUUGACAGCAGUGACAUGUGAACGAUUUGAACCACAGAUCAACCCAGAGGAAAGUGAAUUUCGCUAUGCCAGAUGGAAGAAAGCUGUGAUGAAAUCCAUGGGCUGGGAGACAUCAGAAGCUCCUCCAAAUGGUGCUGAUAAAUGAGACUACUUAAUGGACUCUCUGGAUGCAACUGAUUUUUUUAUUUCAUUUUGUUUUAUUGUCCGAAGAGAUUCCACCACCAAUAUGAUUAUACUACUUGUGUGACUAAAUCCAUUCAUGA